AAUCACCACAGUAAACAGACAUAAGAUGGCGCCAGGGUCGACUCAGAACAUCGUUAUCUUUGGAGAAACAGGAGUGGGAAAAAGCUCUGUCAUCAACCUGAUGGCUGGCCAACAGAUUGCGCACAUAUCGCCCGAUGCUCCCCGCUGUACUCUGCAUUGGACAGAGUACCAAAUAACCUUCGAAAAUGGGACUCGAUACAGGGUAUUUGAUACAGCCAGCCUCGAAGAGCCUCGACUAGGAACCGGAGCGUACCCCCCCACACUCUUAAAUGCAUAUAACCUCAUCAACAAUCUGAAAGAACAUGGGGGUGUCAACCUCUUGCUCUUCUGUAUACGUGGAGGUAGAGUCACGGCAACCAUGCAGAGUAACUAUAGGUUGUUCUUCGAAUUUUUCUGCGAGGAAAGAGUCCCACUCGUGCUAGUCGUCACAAACCUCGAAAGAGAGCCAAGGAUGGAAGACUGGUACAGGCGGAAUGCGGGCCAAUUGGAGAAGUAUAACAUCAGGUCCGCGGGACACGCAUGCCUAACUGCGGCGAAUCUUCUGGACGGGAGGCUUAGAGACAAGUAUGAGGAGUCGCGUGGAAUACUCCGUGGAGUGGUUGAGGCUCAUUGUAAUGCAGGAGGAUGGACCGGUGGACAAGGAUGGCUUGCGUCGUUCAUAAGCAAGCUCGUGAAAUUUGUCGUUGGACAUCCUAAAAAGACAGAUAUCAUUGGGAUCCUCACAAAACGAUGUGGAAUGGCCAAGGAGGUGGCUCAGCAGGUAGCGCAGCGCAUUGGAGAGGAACUUGUCACGUGAUCGGGUGCGCGCCACCAAUGACCUAGUAGUGUGCUACUAGUGUGCACGUACUUACUUAGUAGAACCACCACUUGAGCCGACACGCUAGUGUUCUAUAGUGCAUUUCAUUGAACUAUGCAACAGUGGGAAGAUCGAG